AUGCAGCGUGGUGACGACUUUCCAUUCGGUUUCAAUUUCACUGCUGAUGGAUGGAUCAUCAACUCCACCACCGGACCGACCAAGGUCGGACCACCCCUGCACACGCCGGGAUUCUACAUCAGGGCCAUUGUCGGUACGUUCGUUUUACUCGUUACAUUACUCGGCAACCUGCUAGUUCUCUAUGUCUUCGCCACGACGCCAAAGCUUCGGACAUACACCAAUUACUAUCUUGUUGGGCUAGCCGUGGCUGACUUGGUCAGUGGCGGCAUUACGCCCAUCCUUGAAAAUGUGUCGUGGUUCCUGGAGGCUUGGCCGUUUGGCGAGACGGCUUGCACAAUCAAUGUAUACUUCAACCACCUAUUCCUCCAUGCGACUUUCCUGAUGACGUUGAUGAUAUGUGUGGACAGGUACAGGGCUCUGAAGAGGCCACUGGUCCACCUGAGAGAGAAAACCCUCAAGCACGCACUCUUGAUGAUGUCUUUCAGCUAUGUAGUGCCGUUCUUUAUCUGGACACCAUUGAUAAUCAUUUUGCCGUACAGCGGUGUUACGAGGCGCGUCCUGCCCCCCGACUGUUUCGGGUCGUACGGCUACCAUUUCCCACUGCUCGUAUUUGCCAUUGCCGUCUUGUCCUGGAUCCCCAUGUUGACCACCACCAUCCUUUACAUUUUUGUGUUCCAAGCAGUCAUCCGAGGUCGCCAAAAGGACAAUCGCGAGGCACGGGCUGUCCACCAACUUUCCGUCAUCUGCGCUACAGAGAGACCGCUGGGAGUAGUCAGCAGGCUGGGGAGUGGCGGCGUUAGGGAAAACGAGGCCAGGUCUGAGAAAGAUCUCGACGAUUCGCACGGCUCGUGCGGCACGUCGAGACAGAGACGAACGAGUACAGAAGCAUCCAGGGUCUCGUCGAGCGAUGUUAACGGAAUCGUGAACGGAGGAUAUCCGCCCGACGAGCGAGAGAAUGAAACUCGAAUCCAAGGAGGCGUUCAAACCCCGGAAACUGGAGUAUCCUACGCCAACCAUGACACGCCUUCGUCUCACCAGAACUCUGUUUUCUCUUCACGGUAUCGCAGGCAUCUCGCAAACCUCCGAGCAACACGUACUCUGACCUGUAUCCUGGUGGUCAUGGUAGUGUCUGCUCUACCUUGGUCUGUCUUUGCUUUCACGGCAGGUGUGAAUCCAGAUAACGCCCUUGAUAUACGUGAAUUCAGAACUAUGUCCUGGCUGGUUCACCUGAGCAGUGCAGCCAACCCGUUCUGCUACGCCGUCUGCAAUCGCCUCUUUAAGCAGGCCUUUAUUCGCGUGCUCUGCUGCGGUCUACGGAGUCAUUGAAUCAGCGAUAGCCCUACUGAAGGAGAACGGUGAAUGCAAUUUCGGAGACGGGCGGAACGAUGUCCAAUAAUCAUUGCAGCCGAAGACCACGACGACCUCAAUGAUAACAGAGGUGUCGCUGCGUGUAAAUUUGACAAGAUACAAUUUCCCGGAAAAUUGAGUUGUGGCUUGUUUUCUGUGAUCGACCUGAAAGGCCAGGCUAGUGUAAUUGGUGAUGAAUUCGCGGUUUGAUAUCAAAGUUCUCCAGUUGACGACACUGGAGAUGAGCCAUGAUCGGAUAAACACGCCUACUAUGGACAUCUGGCAGCGUUUCAUUCAUGUUUUAAUUUUUUUAAUGAAAAUAACCAGGCUUAAUGUCACACAGCUAAAUCAUGAAAUUAAAACCAAGUGGCCUUUGGCACUGUGCCGUCUAAAAGAUCUCAUUUUGAGUUCGCGCGUUUGACAUUGCUUUCAUCACGAUACAAUUCUCAAGGAAUUCAGAUAAAGAUGUAAAAUAUUACCGUUUAUAAAUUCUAUCGUUCAAUAAAAAGUGGAAAAUGACAGGUCAAGAUUACUAUGGCUUCAGAAAAAGAAGAGUGCCUCUGCAUUGAGAAGUUCAGUAUAAAAAGUAAAAAAAAAAGUUUAGAAAAAAAAAGAUAAUACUCGUUAGAAAUGCCAUUUUAAUGGAGAGACCGUUCUUUCCUGUUAAACGAAGAGGAAGCCGGUUACCAUCUUCUACAGUGUGUGGGCUCCUCCUAAGUCGCAUGGCUCUCCAGGGAUAGUCGUGAUGCGUGGUGCCAGACGCCACUGUUCAUUAUGGAUCGUAACUCAUCGACAAAGAACAGCGCUUUUGUACCCGAACCGAUUGAUUGCGCUGUCUUUCGGCGCCGAGUUACACCAACAGAGAGAUGCCUGCUGCAUCAAGACUAUCCACGCCUGUAGAUUGCAACUCUACAGUACAUGUAGCCAAGCAGUGGAAGGCAUCCGGUAAUUGUAGUGAAUCAAUGAACGGAGGGAGUUAUGUGCAAAACCAUCGCGGUUUUUGUUUUGGGUUUUUUUAACAUCACAAAAGGGUAGCAGCGAUCAGUUUUUAAUAGGCACACACUUUUGGAACGUUGCGACUCUUUUUCAAUGUAUCUAAACUACUGGACUUCCCCUUUAGUUUAAAUGUAUUGAACAGUGCACUUUUUUAAUAUUCAAAAUUGUCCCUGCUUUCCUGGAAACUGAGGGCGCUGUUGCUGCGACGUCAUCCAGCAGGGAAAUGGCCCAAUACAUCGGCUUAGCUGUUUCACUCGUGACCCCAGAAUUUCCUUACUGAAAGUACUUCUGAGGAAAAGGUUGCUUACUUGCUGAAAAAAUGAAAAACCAAAAAGAGAAAUUCACUCGAGCUAAAACUAAAAAGAUCCAGCUUUCUCUGUGCACAAAGUUACAACGGUGAGGUUUUCCUUCUGAGAUAACAUCACAGUUUUUCUCAUGAACAUGAAAGUUCUCACAAAACGGCAGCAAAAAACACCUUCAAAAACUGUAACAAAAUUUGAAAAACGAGCCAACUGAAACAUUAAGAUGUACUUUGGAGGUUUUUUGCUUUUCAAAAACUGCACUGCAGAUAGACCCUUUAAAUAAAACACAGCGAUACCCUCCAUAGCUGUUCUGUCUAUUUGAAAAACUUGAUUUAUCUCUGCGUCUAUUAAAACUUGAUAAAAAAUAAAUGAUACUUAGGCAUCACAUUUUACAAAAUGUAUUGUACAAUUCAGGAAUUUUUGAAUUCAAGCUGUUUAUGUAAUGAAUUCCAAUCCAAACACUAAAAAAAAAAAAAAAAGACCUGUAUUCAGCGCGAGGAAUAAUUUAUUAUUAUGUCACGUUCAUUUCACUGCAAUUCGAAAAUAAUUGCAUGUGCAUAACAAACUUUAAGUGCACUGAUUUCCGAUUUUGGUUGUCUUUGAAGGCACCACCAAGAUCCAAACUUUUUGGGGGGCGGCAAAUGCUGUCUGGGGGAGGAGGAAGAUUUGAUAUUUUUUAUGUUACCUUAAUGGCCUUUCUGAGGAUUGAGGAAAACGUUGGUUCUUUUUUCAUACACUUUAGGAAAUAAAACAUGAAAUAACCCCCCCCCUUUCCGGGCCUGUCAAUGUUUUUAACAAAUGACUCUUUUGGAAGGACUAAGCACCUCUCCCUGUUCCCAUGUCAAGGGAUGACAGGACUGCCAUGUGUUUAAAUAACGUACGGUGGAGCCUAGAAAUUGGCAAUGAAAACUGAAGUGCAUAGUAUCACAGCAUGUGCAUUACAAUAUUUGCUCUAAAACCAAGUGGUCUUUCCUCAAAGCACAUUUCGCUGAUCUCCUUCUAAGAAUCACUACUGGUGGUUUAAAAUGUCUAUUUGAACAUAUACAGCAGAACAAUAUGUUGCUCCAUGCCAUCUUAAAGGUCCACACUUACAUAAAAAAAAAA